AUGGAACAAAGAGGACGCAAAGCACGGACGCCGCGACAAUUUUGGUUUGCCUUGAUGGUUGUUUUCGAUAUUUUAUGGAGAGGAGCGACAGCACAGAUCAGAUAUUCAAUAUCUGAGGAGGUUCAAGAUGGAACCGUGGUCGGGAAUAUAGCGAAGGAUUUGGGGCUAGAUAAGAGUGCACUCAAAGACAGAGGAUAUCGCAUUGUAACAGGCUCAACUGAGCCCCUGUUUCAAGUGAAUCAAAACGAUGGCAUAUUGUAUGUUAAAAAAAUAAUAGAUAGGGAGGAGGUGUGCGACCGGACCAGCCCGUGUUUGAUCAACCUCAAAACUGUGCUAGAAAACCCGCUGGAGAUCCACUAUGUGGCGGUGGAAAUACUAGAUAUAAAUGACCACUCGCCUGUUUUUACGGAGAAAGAGAAAAGGCUUGAGAUCUCUGAGUCGGCUUUACCAGGGGCGAGAUUUCAACUACAGGCUGCGCGUGACCCCGACGUUGGCCAGUUAUCCAUUCAGCAAUAUCGACUCAGCCAUAACGAGUAUUUUAGAUUAGAAGUGAAGGAUAGAGGCGAAGACCUUAAAGUUCCAUUUUUAGUCCUGCAGAAACAGCUAGAUAGAGAAAAAGCCGGGAAACACAAACUGCGUCUUACAGCAGUGGAUGGAGGAAAACCUGCGAAAUCUGGCGCUAUAGAAAUUACUGUGGAUGUGCUUGAUGUUAAUGAUAACUCCCCUGUGUUUACAAAAGAGUUGUAUUCUGCAACACUAAAAGAAAAUGUUUCCGUUGACACUGUAGUCAUUCAGGUAAAUGCAACAGAUCUGGACCAGAGUGCAAAUAGCGAGAUAAUAUAUUCAUUUGGUAACGAAGUUGAUGCAAAAUUAAAGGACAUCUUUAAAAUAGACGCAAACACUGGUGAAAUUAAAGUCAUCGGUAAAAUAGACUUCGAGAAAAGUAAAAGUUAUGAAAUUGACAUUCAGGCGUCUGAUAAAGGACAAGUUCCUCUAACAACUGACAAAAGUGUUAUGAUAACAGUUAUUGAUGUAAAUGACAAUGCACCUGAGAUAGAAGUAACAUCAUUUUCUAGCUCUAUCAAGGAGGAUUCAAAGAUAGGAACUACUGUAGCCCUGAUUAGUGUUAGGGAUUUAGACUCUGGAAUCAAUGGAAAAGUAAUUUGCACCAUCAAAGAGGAUGUUCCUUUUACUUUAUCUCCAUCGUUACAGGAAAACAUGUACGCUGUUGUAACCAGGUCGCAACUGGAUAGGGAAAUGGUUGCCCACUUUGAAUUUACAAUUAUCGCUAAAGACACAGGUGAUCCGUCCUUUUCAACUGAAAAGACCAUGAGUGUCGUAGUAUCAGAUGUAAAUGACAACAAUCCAGAGUUUUUAACAAGCCCCUAUGUAUUUUAUAUCACCGAGAAUAACAGUCCCGGAGCCUCAGUAUGUUCAGUAAAAGCUUCUGAUCGUGAUGAAAGCGAUAACGCUGUCAUUUCAUAUAAUAUUCUCAGAGAUGGCAGUGAAGGAAAUAAAUUGACCUCAUUUCUAAAUAUCAACUCUGAAACUGGAGAUAUUUUGGCGCUAAAAAGCUUUGACUUUGAGACUCUGAAAAAGUUCCAGUUCCAAGUUGUCGCCACAGAUUCUGGAACUCCGUCACUAAGCAGCAACGUCACAGUGCACGUGUUCAUUCUGGAUCAGAACGACAACGCUCCAGUCAUCCUGUAUCCGGUCAGCUCUAAUGGUUCUGCUGAAGGUGUGGAGGAGACUCCGCGCAAUGUGAACGCAGGACACUUGGUGACUAAAGUCAGAGCCUAUGACGCUGAUAUAGGAUAUAACGGCUGGUUACUGUUCUCACUGCAGGAAGUUACUGCCCACAGUCUCUUUGGUUUGGACCGCUAUACAGGACAGAUCAGAACACUUCGCUCAUUCACAGAGACAGACGAGGCUGAGCAUAAACUGCUCAUACUGGUGAAAGACAAUGGCAACGUUUCCUUGUCAGCAACAGCUACUGUGGUUGUCAAACUUGUGGAGCCCAGAGAGGCUUUUGCUGCUGCUGAUGUUAAAAGUGCAACAAAGGAUGAUGAGGAUAAUAAUGUGACUUUUUACCUGAUGAUAACUUUGGGCUCAGUCUCAACACUUUUUCUCAUCAGUAUCAUCGUGCUGAUUGCAAUGCAGUGCUCUAAAUCCACAGACUAUACUUCUAAAUAUCUACAAGAGACUAACUAUGAUGGGACACUGUGUCACAGCAUCCAGUACAGAUCUGGAGACAAGCGCUACAUGUUAGUUGGACCCAGAAUGAGUAUAGGAUCUACUAUAGUCCCGGGCAGCCAUGCCAACACACUGGUGCUCCCUGACAGGAGGGGAACAUCUACAGAGGUAAGAUCCAAACUUUUACUCUCGCUCCUUUACGACGUUGAGCCCGAUUGUUUCCAAGUUGUCGCCACAGAUUCUGGAACUCCGUCACUAAGCAGCAACGUCACAGUGCACGUGUUCAUUCUUGAUCAGAACGACAACGCUCCAGUCAUCCUGUAUCCGGUCAGCUCUAACGGUUCUGCUGAAGGUGUGGAGGAGAUUCCCCGCAAUGUGAACGCAGGACACUUGGUGACUAAAGUCAGAGCCUAUGACGCUGAUAUAGGAUAUAACGGCUGGUUACUGUUCUCACUGCAGGAAGUUACUGCCCACAGUCUCUUUGGUUUGGACCGCUAUACAGGACAGAUCAGAACACUUCGCUCAUUCACAGAGACAGACGAGGCUGAGCAUAAACUGCUCAUACUGGUGAAAGACAAUGGCAACGUUUCCCUGUCAGCAACAGCUACUGUGGUUGUUAAACUUGUGGAGCCCAGAGAGGCUUUUGCUGCUGCUGAUGUUAAAAGUGCAACAACGGAUGAUGAGGAUAAUAAUGUGACUUUUUACCUGAUGAUAACUUUGGGCUCAGUCUCAACACUUUUUCUCAUCAGUAUCAUCGUGCUGAUUGCAAUGCAGUGCUCUAAAUCCACAGACUAUACUUCUAAAUAUCUACAAGAGACUAACUAUGAUGGGACACUGUGUCACAGCAUCCAGUACAGAUCUGGAGACAAGCGGUACAUGUUAGUUGGACCCAGAAUGAGUAUAGGAUCUACUAUAGUCCCGGGCAGCCAUGCCAACACACUAGUGCUUCCUGACAGAAGGGGAACAUCUACAGAGGUAAGAAAAUUAUUUGCGAAAACCGUGGCAUGUUUCUACUAG